AUGCCCGUCAAUUUCACGUCAUCAAAAGAAGUUUUCUUGAGAAGAUUGAAAACCCUACACAUGGUGAAUUGCGGUUUGACAAAUCUGGAUGUAUCGAGUUGGAAUUUCCCUAGCCUCGAAUCUUUAAUAGUUAGUCACAAUCAACUCAUAGCGAUUCCUGUUGGACUUGGAAAGUUUAGAUCUUUAACCAAUCUCAACAUCGAUUACAAUCAAAUCGAAUGCUUAGAUUUUUGCAAGUUCAAGGGGCUUGAUAAUUUGAAACAUCUUUCCGUGGGCCACAAUAAGUUGCAGGAAUUGAUAGCUGGAGAUUCGACACUGCUGGCAUCCCUGAUAUCGCUCAAAUUAAACUUCAAUCGCUUAGAGGAUGUGGAGGCGCUGCCACAACAAGACUUGCCUGCGCUAGAAUCGCUUGAUUUGAGUGGCAACAAUCUGCCAUGGUGCCAAACUUAUGACCUAUUCCUCGGAACCGGGAAGAAGUUUGCGCUCUAUGCGAAUCCCUUCAAUUGUAGCGAUGAAAUUGAAUGA